ACUUUUGCUUAAUCAGUGAGAAACGAUGGCUUCUUCAGGCCUGCAGAUUUUGGGCUUGGCGCUGGCAUUCCUCGGCUUGCUCGGGGAUAUCGUUAUCUGCGCUCUGCCUAUGUGGCGGGUGACGGCCUUCAUAGGGCAGAACAUCGUGACCGCGCAGACCUUCUGGGAGGGCCUGUGGAUGAACUGUGUGAUGCAGAGCACAGGACAGAUGCAGUGCAAGGUCUAUGACUCCAUGUUGGCUCUGCCCCAGGACCUGCAGGCCGCGCGCGCUCUCGUGGUCAUCUCCAUCCUCCUGACGCUCUUCGGUCUGCUGCUGGCGGUCGCUGGGGGAAAGUGCACGAACUGCAUCGAGGACGAAGCCACCAAGGCGCGGGUGUCCGUGGCGGCUGGAGUGUUCUUCCUGGUCGGCGGAGUUCUGUGCCUGAUUCCUGUGUGCUGGUCGGCUCAUACCGUGAUCCUGGACUUCUACAACCCUACGCUGGCAGAUGCACAGAAGCGCGAGCUCGGCGCACUGGGAUAUUUGACAGAGAUGGGACAGCAACUCUUGGCAACUUUCCUGGCAUUACUGGGCUUCGUUGGAACCAUCCUGGUAGCCGCUCUGCCCAUGUGGAAGAUGUCGGCCUUCUUGGGAGCUAACAUUGUGACGGCGCAGAUUUUCUGGGAAGGCUUGUGGAUGAACUGCGUGCUGCAGAGCACUGGACACAUGCAGUGCAAGGCAUAUGACUCUAUACUGGCUCUACCUCAAUACCUCCAGGGCACCAGGGCCUUGAUCUGCUUCUCCCUCGCUACUGCCGUUGUGGCCAUUGGCUUAAUGGUUGUCGGUGCCAGAUGUACCAACUUCUUUCGUGAUGAUUGGAAUAAGAAAGCCAAAAUUGGUAUAGUAGCUGGGGUGGUCUACAUCAUCGCAGGGAUUCUGUGCUUGAUCGCUGUUAGCUGGUCAGCACAUAUCAUCAUCCAGGGCUUCUACAAUCCUCAGGUCAUCGCAGCAGGAAAGGGAGAGUUGGGGGCCUGCAUCUAUAUUGGAUGGGUAGCUGGAUUCCUCCUAGUUUUGGGGGGUGGACUAUUUAUCAGCACAUACUCCAACAGCUGCUGAGCUUUAGAACAGACAUGUAAUUUAAGUGUGUGUGUGUGUGUGUGUGAAGUGCAUAAAGAAUGAAGGAACAUUUUCUUA